AUAUCAAAGGCUGCAUUGUGCAUUGAGAGGGCCUUGGUCCCUCGUGUGCCAGGGAGGAGGCGGGAGGAGGGACACCGUUGGGAGGCUGUCCCCUCCCAGCACUCUUCUGGCUGGUGUUCCCAGGGGCCUUGCCCAGGGUAGGAUGGUGCACACAUGGGUGGCUGCUUCUGCAUCCCCGGGGAGCGGAGUCUGACCUGGGGCCCAGGUAAAGAAACUCCUUCCAAGGAUCCAACUACAUCGAGUGAGUGUAUAUGCUCAUCUGAAUACCAGGAAAAAUGUUUCCUGCCACAGAACAUGACUGCAGAUCUGACGCUCUCUUUCUGCGUGAAGAGCCGCUCCAGGAGGUGUGUAAAUGGACCCUUGCACGAAGCAGCCCGGAGGCGCCUCUGGGCGCUGGAGAAUGAGGACCAGGAGGUGCGAGCACUGUUUAAGGACCUCUCCGCAAGGCUGGUCAGUAUACAGUCCCAGAGGGCCCAGUUCCUCAUCACCUUCAAGACCAUGGAGGAAAUCUGGAAGUUCUCCACCUACCUUAAUUUAGGCUACGUGUCCACGUGUCUGGAGCAUCUCCUCUUCGACCACAAGUACUGGCUCAACUGCAGAUUGGUGGAGGACACAGAGAUCCAAGUGUCCGUGGAUGAUAAACACCUGGAAACAAUUCACCUGGGACUCCUGAUACAGGAAGGCCAGUUCUUCUGCAGAGCCACGUUCUCCGUGGCUCAGCCACCUGAGAAGGAAGGAGAGUGUUUGGCCCUUUGCAAGGACGAGUUAAUCUCGGUGAAGACAGCUGAAGGAGGGUCCGAGUGGGAAGGUGUGUCCUUGGUGACGGGCCAGCGGGGCCUGGUGCCGGUGUCAGCCUUGGAGCCCCUGCCUCUCCCUUUCCACCAAUGGUUCCUAAAGAAUUAUCCAGGAAGCUGUGGCCUUUCCAGGAAGAGGGAUUGGACAGGCUCCUAUCAGAUCGGCAGAGGACGAUGUAAGGCCUUGAAGGAUCGUGAGUCGGGAGAAAAGGAUGAACUGAGUUUCCGCCGGGGAGAAAGCAUCGAGAUCAUCGGCUUUAUCAUACCUGGGCUCCAGUGGUUCAUUGGAAAGUCGAUGAGCUCGGGAGAAGUGGGCUUUGUUCCCACCAGGGACGUAGAUCCCGAUUCUUAUUCCCCAUUAAGCAGGAACUCCGCCUUUCUCAGCGAUGAGGAAAGAUGCUAUCUGUGGGCCCUGGGCAGCGACAGGAAGGCUGAGUGUGCCAGCUUUCUCCACACCCUCGCUCAUACUGAUAUCACAUCCGUCUACCGGCUCAGUGGGUUUGAAUCCAUCCAGAAUCUUCCAAACGAUGUGAGCGCGUGCCAGCCCGAGGGCUUCAGGGAGGCCGGGUCCGGCAGAGCCUGGGAGGAGCAUCCGGCCGCGGGCUCCGGACGCUGCAGCAGCUCCGAGGACUCCAGCCCGGAGGAGGAGGAGCUCCUCUCGGCUGCCUCCGACAGUUAUCACCUGCCCGAGCCUGAUGACCUGGACGACCCGGAACUGUUUGUGGACCUAAGCACUGGUCAGGAGGAGGAGGAGGCUGAGAACUUUGCCCCCAUAUUGGCUUUUCUGGAUCAUGAGGGUUACGCCGACCACUUUAAGAGCCUCUAUGACUUCUCCUUCUCUUUCCUCACUUCUUCCUUUUACAGCUUCUCCGAGGAGGAUGAGCUGGUGGCCUACCUGGAGGCCUCAAGGAAGUGGGCCAAGAGGAGCCACAUGACCUGGGCCCACGCCCGGCUCUGCUUCCUCCUGGGCCGGCUGAGCGCCAGGAAGGUCAAACUCUCUCAGGCCAGGGUGUACUUUGAGGAGGCCAUCCACAUCCUCAGCGGGGCGUUUGAGGACCUAUCCUUGGUGGCCGCUCUGUACGUCAACUUGGCUGCAAUCUACCUGAAGCAGAGGCUGAGGCACAAAGGCUCGGCCCUGCUGGAGAAGGCAGGUGCCCUGCUGGUCUGCCUGCCGGACCGGGAGUGCAGUGCCAAGCAUGAGCUCGACGUGGUGGCCUAUGUUCUGCGCCAGGCGAUUGUGGCAGGCAGCAGUCCCCUGGAGGCCAGGGCCUGCUUUCUCGCCGUCCGAUUGCUCCUAAGCCUGGGGCGGCACGAGGAGGUCCUGCCCUUUGCUGAGCGCCUGCAGCUCCUCUCGGGACACCCCCUUGCCUCAGAGGCUGCGGCCACCAUCUUGAGUUUUCUGUACGACAAGAAGUAUCUUCCACACCUCGCAGUGGCCUCUGUCCGGCAGCGUGGUACCCAGAGUGCCCAAGGGAUAUCUCUUCCUAUCUGGCAGGUCCACCUGGUCCUCCAGAACACCACCAAGCUCCUCCGUGUUCCCUCCCCAAGCUGGGGUGAAGUUUCCACCCUGGCCUGCCCCACACUCAGGCAGGCGCUGGCCAGCUGUGAGGAAAAGGCAGACUGGAGCAGCCAGCGAGCCCUGUGUCUCAUCCUGUCCAAGGUGUACCUCCAGCACAGGUCUCCUGAUGGUGCCAUACACUACCUGAGCCAGGCCUUGGCGCUAGGACAGCUGCUGGGGGAGCAGGAAGCCUUUGAGUCUUCCCUCUGCCUGGCGUGGGCCUAUCUCCUAGCCAGCCAGGCGAAGAAGUCUUUGGACAUCCUCGAGCCACUGUUAUGCUCCCUGAAGGAGACAGAGAGUGUCACCCAAAAGGGAGUGGUCCAUAACCUCCUGGGACUUGCACUUCAAGGUGAAGGCCGGGUGAACAGGGCAGCCAAGAGCUAUCUUCGGGCCUUGAAUAGAGCCCGGGAGGUGGGAGAUGUGCGUAACCAGGCAGUGACUAUGGCCAAUCUUGGCCACCUGACCCUUAAGUCCUGGACUCAGCAGCCAGCCAGGGACUAUCUCCUACAGGCUGUCCGACUCUAUUCUGAACUCCAAGCCAGCAAAGAGACGGACAUGGAAUUAGUACAGGUGCUUCUCUGGUUGGCCCAAGUUCUGGUUUCUGGAGGCCAGCUGGCCCAUGGCCGCCUUUGUUAUGAAAUGGCAUUGCUGUUUGGCUUAAGACAUCAGCACCUGAAGAGUCAGCUUCAGGUCACCAAAUCCCUCUGCCAUUUCUACAGCUCCGUGUCCCCAAAUCCUGAGGCAUGCAUCACCUACCAUGAGCACUGGCUGGCGCUGUCCCAGCAGCUCAGGGACCGGGAGAUGGAGGGGAGGCUGCUGGAGUCCCUCGGGCAGCUCUAUCGGAACCUGAACACGGCCAGGUCCCUCAGGAGGUCCCUGACGUGCAUCAAGGAGAGCCUGCGUAUCUUCAUCGACCUGGGGGAGAGAGACAAGGCCGCCGAGGCCUGGCUCGGGGCGGGGCGACUCCACUACCUGCUGCAGGAGGACGAGCUGGUGGAGCUGUACCUGCAGGCAGCCAUCCAGACAGCCCUGAAGUCAGAGGAGCCCUCUCUGGCUCUCAAACUUUAUGAAGAAGCAGGUGACGUGUUCUUCAAUGGGACCCGCCGCAGGCAUCUUGCAGUGGAAUAUUACCGAGCUGGGGCUGUUCCCUUAGCAAGGAGGAUGAAGGUGGUGAGAACUGAGCUCCGGAUUUUCAACAAGCUGACGGAGCUGCAGAUCAGCCUUGAAGGCUAUGAGAAGGCUCUGGAAUUUGCCACGCUGGCUGCCAGGCUCAGCACGGUCACAGGAGAUCAAAAGCAGGAGCUGGUGGCCUUUCACCGCCUGGCUACAGUGUACUACUCCCUGCAUAUGUAUGAGAUGGCCGAGGACUGCUACCUGAAGACUCUGUCCCUCUGUCCCCCCUGGCUGCAGAGUCCCAAGGAGGCCCUGUACUAUGCCAAGGUGUAUUAUCGCCUGGGCCAACUCACGUUCUACCAGCUGAAGGAUGCCCACGAUGCCACUGAGUACUUCCUGCUGGCCCUGGCAGCAGCGGUCCUGCUGGGUGAUGAAGAGCUGCAGGCCACCAUUAGGAACAGGCUGGACAGCGUCUGCCGGAGCCCACUGUGGCACAGCAGCACCUCUGGGUGCUCCUCAGAGAGGGCGCGCUGGCUGAGUGGCGGGGGCCUGGCCCUCUGAGGAGAGUGGUCCCGUCUCUGACCAGUGCCAUGGCCAGGCACUGCCUCGCUGCCUUAGGCUCUUAGGUACUAAUAGGGGGGCCGAGUCUCCACCUGGCCCAGCCCCUCAUGUUACAAAGAGAAGAACCAAGUCCAGAGGGAGAGGGCUCAUUCCAGGCCACACGGGAGUUGAUGAUGGAGUGGCGGUUGGAAAUCCUAGCUCCGGGCUUUGCAUCUGGAGCAUCUUCCAGUUGACUGUGGCCCUCCCACACAAAUAACCUCUGAAAUGCACUUUCUCAACACGUAAUUCUGGACAAGAUGAGAAACCUUGCCCUUGGGAACCUUCCUUCCUUCCUUCCCCCAGUGAAGAAAUCAGGCUCUGCACUGGGGAAAAGGCAAGCAGAUCAGAGAUCGUGCCCUUCACCGAUUUUCUCAGGGAAAGACCCCUCCCCUCGUCAGUGGAGGAACCCAUAGUUUCUCCUUUUUCUUUCCUCAGAAGCAAAGUAGGUGCCACUCCUCAUGUUCGCGAGGACUGGCAGGAGGGAAUCCACCAGGCUCUUGGCUCAAAAGACACAGCCUCAGCAUGGUCAGAUGGAGUGCAUGGGGCGUGGGCCUGACUCGGAUUCCCUGUCUCCAUCCUGCCACCAGGCUGUGGUCCCUCCCCAUCUCCCAGAAACUCCAGGGAAGCUUUCCAAGGGCCAAGGCUUGGAAAUUGAGCCUUAAGAAAAUUAUGACAUAAAUUACAUGUAAAUAGUGUAUAUCAUUAAAUACUGUCCAUUUA